AUGCCACCACCGCCACCAAGAUUGUCUCGAUGGCGACGUAUCGUUGGACUAUUCUGGGACUCUGUCGAUGGACCUCCGCGAGAGCGACGUUACAUCCAGAAGCUUGACACAUACAUGUUCUCGUACAUGUGUCUUGCUUACUUUAUCAAGCAAUUGGACCAGACGAAUAUCAGCAAUGCUUUCGUUAGCGGAAUGCAGGAGGAUCUACGACUCUAUGGGAACCAAAGAAAUUGGUUGAAUACAUGGUUCAAUAUUGGGAUCUUGCUAGGCACGAUUCCAGCACAAAUCAUUCAGCUCCAGCAUAUACGGCCUUCAAUAUGGAUUCCUUCUUGUGAAAUCUUUUGGUCUGUAUUGGUAAUUAGCAUGGGCUUUGCGAAGAAUAUCAAGACACUCUAUGCCCUUCGAUUCCUCGUUGGCUUUGCUGAAGCCUGCGUCUUCCCUGGAUUCGCAGCUAUGCUAGGUGGCUGGUAUGGUCCGACGCAACUUGCUAAGCGAGCAGCGCUUUUUGAGCAGUCUAGCGCUAUCGGUAAUAUGUUCAGCGGCUAUCUGCAAGCCGCGUUGCACACUGGUAUGGAUGGCAAGGCUGGACUGAAAGGAUGGCAGUGGAUGUUCGUCAUCGAUGGUCUUAUCGGAAUUCCUAUCGCCAUCUGGGGUCUCUUCGCUGUGCCAGACUUGCCACACACGACACGCGCUUUCUACAUGUCCAAAGAGGAACGAGAGUACGGCGUUGAACGAAUCGAGAAGUUAGGCCGAGUUGCACCAACGAAGCUGACCGUCUGCGCCGUUGCCAGAGUCUUCACGAACUGGCGACUCAUGGUCGGCCAAGCCAUUUCGGGCAUCAAAUACUUCAACCUCUAUCUCAAAGCAGAAAAAUACAGCGUCGUACAAAUCAAUAUACUUCCAACAGCUGGAGAUGCCCUCUCGGUCGUGACUGCUCUAGGCUUCGGCAUUCUCGCGGACACUACCGGAUACAAUGCAACAAUCAUCGUCGCGAUCUCCUUACUCGUCAUGGCCGCAAACGCCAUGCUUGCCGUCUGGAGUAUACCCAAGUCAGCGCUAUUGUUCGCCUUCUUCAUCAGCUAUGCUGGACUCGCUGCACAGCCUAUCGUGAUUGCAUGGGGCAACCAUCUCGCGGCUGGUGAUCCGGUACUUCGUCAGAUGCUUGUUGCCUGUGGGAAUGUGGCGUCGUACACGUUCAACGCUUGGUUGCCAUUGGUUGCUUUUCCGACAUACGAUGCACCGAAGUAUGAUUACGGAUACCAAAUACUGGUCAUGUUUGGCGGGCUUGCAAUCAUUGGCACUAUCGCAAUGCACGUUUUGCGCGUUCGGUUUGCAGCGAAAUCUUGA